AUGCAGCGGGAGCGGGACUGGAAAGGGGGAGGGUCAAGCUCCCACGAAGGCUCCCUGGAGGAGGCAGUGCAAGCCGAGACCUUAAAGGCGAUGAGAUUCUGGCUUGUCUACAGAAUGGGAACUCAAGCCCUGUCCAUCCUGAAGAGGGCGCCCCGGAAGCGCCCAGGCCGCGUUGCCUUCGAUGGCAUCACCGUCUUCUACUUUCCUCGGUGUCAGGGCUUCACCAGCGUGCCCAGCCGCGGUGGCUGCACUCUGGGUAUGGCCCCCCGCCACAGCGCCUGCCGCCGCUUCUCCUUGGCCGAGUUUGCACAGGAGCAAGCCCGGGCUCGGCGGGAGAAACUGCGCCUGCGCUUGAAGGAGGAGAAGCUGGAAGCCCUGCGCUGGAAGCUCACGGAGGCUGGCGUACCCGAGACGGAGGCUGGCCUGCCACUCACAGUGGACGCGAUCGAUGAUGCCUCCGUGGAGGAGGACUUGGCUGUGGCCGUGGCCGGUGGCCGGUUGGAGGAAAUGACCUUCCUACAGCCCUAUCCGGCCCGGCGCCGGCGGGCUCUGCUGCGGGCUGCCGGAGUGCGGAGGAUCGAUCGCGAGGAGAAGCGGGAGCUGCAGGCCGUGCGCCAGUCCCGCGAGGACUGUGGCUGUCGCUGUGACCGGGUCUGUGACCCCGAGACCUGCAGCUGCAGCCUGGCGGGCAUCAAGUGCCAGAUGGACCACACCGCGUUCCCCUGCGGCUGCUGCCGGGAGGGCUGUGCGAACCCCAAGGGCCGCGUGGAAUUUAAUCAGGCGCGGGUGCAGACCCAUUUCAUCCACACGCUCACCCGCCUGCAGCUGGAGCAGGGGGCUGAGAGCCUGGGGGAGCUGGAGGCUCCCGCUCAGGGCGGCCCGGCCAGCCCCGGUGAGCAGGCGCUGGCUCCCACUUUCCCGCCGGCCAAGCCCCCCGCGAGCAGUGAGCUGGGAGAUGACAGCUGUAGCAGUGACAUGACCGACUCCUCCACAGCUUCAGGCACAAGCGAGACCCCCAGCGGCCCCACCUGCCCAGCCCUGCCCGGCCCUGGCUUCCAGCCUGACAUGGAUGAUGACAGCCUGGCCCGGGUCCUGAGUUUCAGUGACUCGGACCUGGGAGGAGAGGAGGAGGAGGAGGAGGAAGGGGGAGUGGGAACCCUUGACAACCUCAGCUGCUUCCACCCAGCUGACAUCUUUGGGACUGGUGACCCCGGUGGCCCAGCCAGCUGGACCCACAGCUAUUCCAGCUCCAGCCUCACGUCAGGCAUCCUGGAUGAAAAUGCCAACCUGGAUGCCAGCUUCUUCCUAAACGGUGGCCUUGAAGGGUUGGGAGAAGGCAGCCUCCCGGGCACCUCGGUGCCGUCCGGCUCGGACGCUGGCCAGAGCAACUCCGUGGACCUCAGCUUGUCUUCCUGCGACUCCUUCGAGCUGCUCCAGGCCCUGCCAGACUACAGUCUGGGGCCCCACUACACCUCCCGGAAGGUGUCCGACAGCCUGGACAACCUCGAGGCACCCUACUUCCCCUUGCCUGCCUUCUCUCCGCCUGGGGACGCGGGCUCUUGCUUCCUGGAGUCUGUCAUGGGCUUGCCUGACUCAGCCGCCGAGGCCCUGGCUCCCUUCAUAGACAGCCAGUUGCUUGAGGACACCGCCCCAGCGUCUCUGGUGGAGCCUGUGCCCGUGUAAGGCCCCGGGGCACCUUGUCACGGCCCCAAGAGCCCUGUUGCUGCUUUGUUGUAAUUUGGGGGCUCCCUGAGGCCUGUAGGUAAGGGUCUCCCGUUGGCUGGCUCGCCCGUGCGGGCACUCCUGAUUUUUGUGCAACACUCUGGAUUGAUUUAUUUAUUUUUGUAAGUUUCUGUGCCGAAGAGAGGGCGGGGAGGGGGCCUUCCCUUUCCGCCACCCUGCUCCCCCGCCCCCCAAGCCCACACAGUCUCUCCUUCCACUUCCACGGUGUGCGUGCCAGGGACAGGAGGACGUAAGCCUUCCCUGGAGCUUCGCAGACCCCUUUUCGGUCUCAGAUGAUGUUCCUUAGCCCAAAGACAGCAAGACAGGGCAGCAAUCAGCCACUUCUUACGGCUUCUCCUGCCAUCCUGAGCCCCAGACCCAUGGGUGGCUGCGUUCUCUGGACUGUAAAGACUAUAAUUUAUUUCCAUAAUUUAUUUGGAGACUAGGAGGUGUAGGCCUCUCCCCCCCGGCUGGCGGGCAAUGCUGGGGUUGGGGUGGGACAGAGACCCCCGUGAGUCCCUUUUGCCUUGUAGUACUAUAUUCCUGCCCUUCCUGGGCUUUGGUAUAAACCAGGUGUGGAUUUGGGCCCUGUGGUCUGCUGUGGCAGCUGCCUGGCCCCGGGUGG